AUGACACAAAACCCAAUCAGAUAUAAAAUCCGGCGGUCGCAGCAUGGGUGGCUUCAAAUCAUGUCACGUAAUGACCCCUGGGGAGCAUUCCAGGGCACUGACCGCUGCACCAGGAGCAAAAGACAAGGAUUUGAAGGCGACAAACUUCAGCCUGCUCUCACUAAUAUAGAAUAUUACCAGCACCUUGACAAAUUAUGA